AUGUAUGCCGAGGCUCUAGCCUACAUAUCAUCAAUGCUAAAAGACGAGAACGUCAAGGCCAUCAAGGUAGGGAGAGUAUACCAACCUUCGGGCAUACCACAACAAGACUUCGCUAUAAUAGAUCAUGAAGACGAUGUAGGGGAAGACACUGCCGAAGAUUUUGCCGAAGAUGACAUCCUAUCAAGGGAAAACGAAGAUGAAGAUUUCAGCAACGAAGAAAAUUGGCGGACCGAAGUCCAUAUUUUCCUCGAACAAGGUGCAUUACCCGCAGAUGUUAAGCAAGCAAGAAAAGUACAACCAAAGGCGGGGAGAUACCAACUUCGUGGUGGAAUUCUAUAUAAGAAAUCAUUCCUUGUGUCACUACUAAGAAAUCGUAUACUAAAAGACAUCCACUAUGGAGACGCUGGGAAUCAUAGCGGAAUGAGGUCGUUGGCGGACAAAGACAAAAUGCAAGGAUAUUACUGGCCGCAAAUGAUAUGGGACGCUGAUAUGAUGACUAGAAGAUGUGAAGAAUGUCAGCGCUUCGCCAAGAGGAUUCAUGCGCCGGAAACAUAG